CCCGCACAGGCCUCAGCGCCCGCCCGCCCCUCCCCUAAGGAGGUUCGCGCUCCCGUGGCUCGCGCCUGCGCCGCCCUCCGGCUUCGGGGACGCGCUCUCUCGGCCGCGCGUGCGCGCGCUCGCAGUCUCCGCCACCCACCACCUCCAGCACCAGCAGCCGCGCCGCCGCCACCGCCCACCUUCUGCCGCCGCCGCCGCCACAACCACCUUCUCCUCCGCUGUCCUCUUCUGUCCUCGCCUUCUGUCGAUUAUCAGGCUUUGAACCAGUAUGGCUGAACCCCGCCAGGAGUUUGACACAAUGGAAGACCAUGCCGGAGAUUACACUCUGCUCCAAGACCAAGAGGGAGACAUGGACCAUGGCUUAAAAGAGUCUCCCCCACAGCCCCCCGCCGAUGAUGGAUCGGAGGAACCAGGGUCGGAGACCUCCGAUGCUAAGAGCACUCCAACUGCAGAAGACGUGACUGCGCCCCUAGUGGAUGAGAGAGCUCCCGACAAGCAGGCCGCUGCCCAGCCCCACUCGGAGAUCCCAGAAGGAACCACAGCUGAAGAAGCAGGCAUUGGAGACACCCCGAACCUGGAGGACCAAGCCGCUGGGCACGUGACUCAAGAACCGGAGAAGGUCGAGAUUUUCUCACAAAGUUUGCUUGUCGAACCAGGGCGUCGUGAAGGCCAGGCCCCAGAUUCAGGGAUCUCAGACUGGACCGGCCAACAGGUGCCUAGCAUAUCUGGGGCUCCCCUCCUGCCACAAGGCCUCAGAGAGGCUACAUGCCAGCCUUCGGGAACAAGACCUGCGGAUGUAGAGAGAAGCCACCUGGCCUCUGAGCUGCUGCAGCAAGGGCCACCUCAGAAGGAAGGCUGGGGCCAGAACAGGCUGGGGAGUGAGGAGGAGGAGGAGGUGGAUGAAGAUGUCACCGUGGAUGAAUCGUCCCAGGACUCCCCUCCCUCCCAGGCCUCCCUGGCUCCUGGCAGCGCAGCCCCUAAGGCAGGCUCUGUCUCUGUCUCGGGGGAGACUGCUGGCAUGCCUGGGUUCCCAGCUGAGGGUUCCAUCCCACUUCCUGCCGAUUUCUUCUCCAAAGUCUCCACAGAGACCCAGGCCUCGCAGCCGGAGGGGCCUAGCACGGGGCCCGUGGAGGAAGGGCACGAGGCUGCUCCUGAGUUCACGUUCCAUGUGGAAAUCAAAGCCAGCACACCGAAGGAACAGGAUUUGGAAAGGGCUACAGUGGUUGGGGCCCCUGGCGAGGAACAAACGGCCCAGGGCCCCUCUGUGGGAAUGGGUACCAAAGAGGCUAGCCAUCAGGAACUUCCCGACAAGCAACCUGCAGCAGGCCUGCCAGGAAGGCCAGUCAGUCGGGUUCCUCAACUUAAAGCUCGUGUGGCCAGUGUAAGCAAAGACAGGACAGGAAAUGACGAGAAGAAAGCCAAGACAUCCACACCUUCCUGUGCUAAAUCCCUGAGCAAUAGGCCCUGCCUUAGCCCCACACGCCCCACUCCUGGUAGCUCAGACCCUUUGAUCAAACCCUCCAGCCCUGCCGUGUGCCCUGAGCCAGCCACCUCUCCUAAACACGUCUCUUCUGUCACACCCCGAAAUGGCAGUCCUGGAACAAAGCAGAUGAAACUCAAGGGUGCUGAUGGCAAAACCGGGGCGAAGACUGCCACACCUCGGGGAGCAGCCCCUCCGGGCCAGAAAGGCACGUCCAAUGCCACCAGGAUCCCAGCCAAGACCACGCCCAGCCCAAAGACUCCUCCCGGGUCAGGUGAACCACCAAAAUCCGGAGAACGAAGCGGCUACAGCAGCCCCGGCUCUCCGGGAACGCCUGGCAGUCGCUCCCGCACCCCAUCCCUACCAACGCCCCCCACCCGAGAGCCCAAGAAGGUGGCAGUGGUCCGCACUCCCCCUAAGUCACCGUCUGCCAGUAAGAGCCGCUUGCAGACUGCCCCUGUGCCCAUGCCAGACCUAAAGAACGUCAGGUCGAAGAUUGGCUCCACUGAGAACCUGAAGCACCAGCCAGGAGGCGGCAAGGUGCAGAUAAUUAAUAAGAAGCUGGAUCUUAGCAACGUCCAGUCCAAGUGUGGCUCGAAGGACAAUAUCAAACACGUCCCGGGCGGAGGCAGUGUGCAAAUAGUCUACAAGCCAGUGGACCUGAGCAAGGUGACCUCCAAGUGUGGCUCAUUAGGGAACAUCCAUCACAAGCCAGGAGGUGGCCAGGUGGAAGUAAAAUCAGAGAAGCUGGACUUUAAGGACAGAGUCCAGUCGAAGAUUGGCUCCUUGGAUAACAUCACCCAUGUCCCCGGAGGAGGGAAUAAGAAGAUUGAAACCCACAAGCUGACCUUCAGGGAGAAUGCCAAAGCUAAGACAGACCAUGGAGCAGAAAUCGUGUAUAAGUCCCCCGUGGUGUCUGGGGAUACAUCUCCACGGCAUCUCAGCAACGUGUCCUCCACGGGCAGCAUUGACAUGGUGGACUCACCACAGCUUGCCACACUAGCUGAUGAAGUGUCUGCUUCCUUGGCCAAGCAGGGUUUGUGAUCAGGCCCCUGGGGCAGUCAAUAAUCAUGGAGAGAAGAGAGAGUGAGAGUGUGGAAAAAAAAAAAAAAAAAGAAUGACCUGGCCCCUCACCCUCUGCCCUCCCCGCUGCUCCUCAUAGACAGGCUGACCAGCUUGUCACCUAACCUGCUUUUGUGGCUCAGCUUUGGCUCGGGACUUCAAAAUCAGUGAUGGGAAAAAAAGAGUAAAUUUCAUCUUUCCAAAUUGAUUUGUGGGCUAGUAAUAAAAUAUUUUUAAGAAAAAAAAAACAUGUAAAAACAUGGCCAAAAAAUCUAGCAUUUCCUUGGGCAAUUGCUAAUUGAUUUCCCCCCCCCAACCCCACCCUCCCUUCUGAGUAUUAGAGGGUGAAGGAGGCUCUGGAGGCUGAGGGACUAGGGCAGCUAAUUGCCCACAGCCCCAUCCUAGGGGCUUCAGGGACAGCGGCAGCAAUGAGAGACUUAAGACUUGGUGUGUUCGUGGAGCCUUUGGCAGGUGGUGUUGACUUUGUGUGGGUGUGAGUGAGGACUGAGACAGCAAAGGCUGAGAGAUGGCUGGGCUGUAGUCAGAGAGAGGUGAGGAAGGCAUGUUGGGAGAGGGGACACUGACUACUACUGCCAAGUAGCUUGGGAAGCAGAGAUAGCCACAGCUGCCUGCAGCUGUCUUAGCUUGCACAGAUGGCUGCUUGUUAAAGCACUGUGGGGUUCAGUGGGUGUGCGUGGCCCCUCUUCUGAAGAGCAGCCUGUGGGAGAAGGGGGAUUGGGCAGAAGGAAGGUCAACCAGAAGGUAGCACCUUGUAGAUCGGGUCUCUGAAGGCUGAUCUUGACAUCCCAGAGCACACUGGUUUCUUCCCUCCCCACAGGGUGGGAAGUCCUGAGCCUAGGGGUUUUCCUUUGCUCAAACCACAGGAAAAGCUCAAACUUUACUGAGUUCUGAAGUUUGGAACUACAGCCAUGAUGUUGGCCACCAUAUAGACCUGGGACUUUAGGGCUAACUAGUUCUUUGUAAGGACUUGUGCCUCUUGGGGGACAUCUGCCUGUUCUCAAGCCUGGUCCUCUGGCACUUCUGCAGUGUGAGGGAUGGGGUUGGUAUUCUGGGAUGUGUGGGUCCCAGGCCUCCCAUCCCUCAUGCAGCCACUGUAUCCCCUCUCCCUGUUCCAUCAUGCCCACGUCUGCCACGAGAGCCAGUCACUGCCGUCCGUAUAUCAUGUCUCACUGUCCUGAGUGCCCAGCUUGCCCCAGCCCCAUCCCUGGCCCCUGGGUAGAUAUGGGCAAUACCUACUCUACACUAGGGGUUGGAGUCCAGGGAAGGCAAAGAUUUGGGCCUCAGUCUCUAGUCCUACGUUACACGAAUCCAACCAGUGUGCCUCCCACAAGGAACCUUACAACCGUGUUUGGUUCAUUCCAUCACUUCCCAUCCUGGAUGGGAGCCAGUGUGUGCUUGGAGAUGACCCUGGGUACCUCUGUUUUUUUUUUUUUUUUUUUUUUUUUUAAAAAAAACUUAAGUGUUUGCCUCCUAGGCCUGACUCCCUUCUUGUGUUGAGCUGGAGGCAGCCAAGUCAGGUGCCAAUGUCCUGGCAUCAGUAUGAACAGUCAAGAGUCCCAGGGCAGGGCCACACUUCUCCCAUCUUCCACUUCCACCCCAGCUUGUGAUUGCUAGCCUCCCAGAGCUCAGCCGCCAUUAAGUCCCCAUGCACGUAAUCAGUCUCUACACCCCAGUUUGGGGAACAUACCCCUUGAUUGAAGUGUUUUUUCCUCCGGUCCCAUGGAAACAGUGCUGCCUGCCCUGCUGGAGCAGCCAGCCACCUCUAUAGAUGCAGCCCUUUCUUUCCUGUCUGCACCCUGUUGCAUUGUUGUUGGAUUUGUCUGUUUGUCUGGGUUCACCAGAGUGACUAUGAUAGUGAAAAGAAAAGAAAGAUAAAGAAAAAAGAAAAAAAAAAAGGACGCAUGUAUCUUGAAAUAUUUGUCAAAAGGUUCUAGCCCGCCACAGGAGAUGGAGGGUGUGGGCAUCACUUGGCUCCUUCGUGACUUGGCUCCAGGCCAGUGCAGUGCUACUGGGACAUCCCAUGUUUUGAAGGGUUUCUUCUGCAUCUGGGACCUCACAGACACUGGAUUGUGACAUUGGAGGUCUAUGACAUUGGCCAAGGCCUGAAGCACAGGACCAGCUAGAGGCAGCAGGCUCCACCUGUCAGGAAGAGCUUGUGGCUGGCCUGUUUUGUAGAGUGAAGAUGGUCCUCUCUAAUCACAACUUCAAGUCCCCACAGCAGCCUUGAAAGACAUCUAAGAACUCUUGCAUCACAAGAGCAAAGGACACCAGUACCAGGGAGGGUGACCCUAGAGAUUCCACGCUCUCCAGUAGAAUCCUGGGCCUUCUCCAAGCCUUGGCCUCUUCACCAUAGGGUUUGGGAUAGACUGCCCCACGGACGAAGGGGAAGUCUUGGGAGACUCCCUUGUUUCCAAGGUGUCAGCCCCCUGACCUUGCAAUGACCUCCUACAGCUGCAGGGACUAGGCCUUUGAAGACUAGGACCCUCAGGCCCAGGUCGACCACUUCUGGCUUGGGUAAGUUAAGGACAAUGUGGAGAAUAGGAGGAAGCAGCCAGUCUUUCCCAUUAAAGAACUCUGAGUGCCCAGAGCUACCUAUUGUGAGCCUCCCCACUGCUGAUGGACCUUAGCUCUCUGUAGAAGUGAAAAGUCCGAGGGAGGAAAAAAAAAAAGCAAGUGUGGUUUGACGGUCCGUGGGCCCCUCAUCAUGGUUACCUGUUGUGGUUCUCUCUUACACCCAUUUACCCAUCCUGCAGUUCCUGUCCUUGAAUUGGGGGGCGGGGUACUCUGCCAUAUCUCUUGUAGGGCAGUCAGCCCAAAAAUCGUGGUUUGGAGUGAUCUGGUCAGUGCUGAUAGGCAGUUUACAAAGGGAUUCUGGCUUGUUACUUCAGUAAGGACAAUCCUCCAGGGCCCUGGCACCUGUCCUUUCUUUCCAUGCCUCUCCACUCCAGAGCCAAUGUCUUUGGGUGGGCUAGAUAGGGUAUACAAUUUGCCUGGUUCCUCCAAGCUCUUAAUUCACUUUAUCAAUAGUUUCCAUUUAAACUGACUUCAAGGAUAAGAGUGUAUCCCAUUUGAGAUUGCUUGUGUUGUGGGGGAAGGGUGGGGGAGGAAGAGGGAUAUGUUAAGAUAAUUCACAUGGGCAAAGGGAAGUCUUGGAGUGUAGCCGUUAAUCCAUCUUGUAACCCCAUUCAUGACUUUGACCACUUGCUAGAGAGAAGAGGUGAGGCUAGAAUUUGGAGGUUUGGUUGUCCCACUGAUAGAGGCAGAGGCAGCCAGCUAGGUCCCUGCCUUCCCAGCCAGGUGCAGCUCUCAGGUUUGUGUAGGAAAUCUAUGAACUGCUCUUCCUGCUGCCUUCUUGUGGUGCCCAGAGCCCACAGUCAAUGCCUCCUCAAAACCCUGGCUUCCUUCCCUCUAAUCCACUGGCACAUCAUUAUCACCUCUGGACUGACUUCAGAUCCAUAGCCUACACACUGCAAGCAGUGGCCUAGACCACUUCCUUUAUCCCUGUCUGUUCUCCAGGAAAGUAAGUGGGGAUGUGGGUGGAGGUAGUAAUCAACUAUAGAUCUGUGGCUUUAUGAGCCUUCAAACCUCUCUGGCUUCUGAAAGGGUUACUUUGGGCAGUAUUGCAAUCUCACCCUCCUGAUGGACUGUAGCCUGUGCAGUUACUGUGCUGGGCAUAUGAUCUCCAGUGCUUGCAAGUCCCAUGAUUUCUUUGGUGAUUCUGAGGGUGGGGGGAGGGACACGAAUCAUCUUAGCUUAGCUUCCUGUCUGUGAAUGUCCAUAUAGUGUAUUGUGUUUUAACAAAUGAUUUACACUGACUGUUGCUGUAAAAGUGAAUUUGGAAAUAAAGUUAUUACUGAUUAAACAAAA